UAUAUUAUUUGCACUGGUAUCAAUAAAUAAAUCAAAGAAUCACUUGCUGAGCUCGCGGAGCCUGAGUUUCACUUGAACGCAACACUCUCAACACACAGCGGGGUCGCAGACUGAAAACAUGCAGCGAGAGAAAACAACCAACUCCGGCGCGGCUGAAAAGCCCGACCGAGAGGCCGCCAUCAUGUCGAAAUACUACGAUGGAGUUGAAUUUCCUUUCUGUGACGAGUUCUCCAAAUAUGAAAAAAUGGCAAAAAUAGGACAGGGAACCUUUGGGGAGGUGUUCAAAGCGAAGCACAGACAGACUGGGAAGAAGGUCGCUUUGAAGAAAGUGUUAAUGGAGAAUGAGAAGGAAGGGUUCCCGAUCACGGCUCUCAGAGAGAUCAAGAUCUUGCAGCUGCUCAAACACGAGAAUGUGGUCAACCUGAUAGAGAUCUGCAGAACCAAAGCUACUCAGUACAACAGAUACAAAGGCAGCAUCUACCUGGUGUUUGACUUCUGUGAGCACGACCUGGCCGGGCUGCUGAGCAACGCCAAUGUAAAGUUUACACUCGCAGAGAUCAAGAAGGUCAUGCAGAUGCUGCUCAACGGAUUGUACUACAUCCACAGAAACAAGAUCCUUCACAGAGAUAUGAAAGCAGCCAACGUGCUGAUCACCAGAGAUGGCGUCCUGAAGCUGGCCGACUUUGGGUUGGCUCGAGCCUUCAGCCUGGCUAAAAACAGCCAGGGGAACCGCUACACCAACCGCGUGGUCACACUCUGGUACAGGCCUCCAGAGCUGCUGCUGGGUGAGCGAGACUAUGGCCCCCCCAUCGACCUGUGGGGAGCAGGCUGCAUCAUGGCGGAAAUGUGGACCAGGAGUCCCAUAAUGCAAGGGAACACUGAGCAGCAUCAACUCACUCUCAUCAGCCAGCUGUGUGGUUCCAUCACUGCUGAGGUGUGGCCGAGUGUGGAUAAGAAGUAUGAGCUUUACCAGAAGAUGGAGCUGCCUAAAGGCCAGAAGAGGAAAGUAAAGGAUCGCCUGAAAGCGUAUGUCAAAGACCCGUACGCCCUGGAUCUGAUAGACAAACUCCUGGUCCUGGACCCGGCACAGCGCAUAGACAGCGACGACGCGCUCAACCACGACUUCUUCUGGUCCGACCCCAUGCCGUCAGACCUGAAGAACAUGCUCUCCACCCACAACACCUCCAUGUUUGAAUAUCUGGCCCCACCCAGACGGAGAGGCCACAUGCCCCAGCAGCAGCCCAACCAGAACAGAAACCCAGCCACCACCAGUCAGGCUGAGUUUGAUCGGGUGUUUUAGUGCUUGAAGUCCUUUUGUUGUUAUUCACAAGUGUCUUUCCCAACCAGCCGAAUCUCACAUUGCGGUUUUGGUUGCGUUCUGGAGACCUACUGCUCCGUGUGCACAGCAGAGGACGCGGGUUGUUUACGCUGACCAGGAACAGGACUCUUAAUAUUCAGUUCAUGUCAUGUAUGCAAGCCAGGUUAUUAUUUCCCAACCUGGUGUGGUCUUCCCAGGUAAUAAUGAAGAGAAUGAUGGUUGACUCUGGCUCCGCUCGCCUUGAGUAGACCCCAUAUAGUUUUAUUUUGAUUAGUAAUUUUUUUUUUUUUACAUUUUCCCACAUAAUUAUUAUCAUUGUUUUGUUUAAAACAAAAAAAGCUGUGUCUUUAAAGGCUGUGGGUUUUUUAUUUAUGUUAAAGUGAGAAAUCUAUUUAAGCCAUUUUACACAAAGAAUUCACAAAUGGCUAAAUAUAACGAACCCAAAAUAAAAGUUCUUACUUGAAUAAGA